AUGGCUAUCCUGGGACAUUUGUUUGAAGUCAUAACUUUUGUUAUCAUCUCUGGCCAGAACACCAUGAAAGUUCCUGAAUGCCGCCUGGCCGAUGAACUCGGAGGACUAUGGGAAAACUCCCGCUUCACCGACUGCUGCCUCUGCGUGGGUGGUCAAGAGUUUAGAGCGCACAAAGCCAUUCUGGCAGCCCGAUCACCUGUGUUUGGCGCUAUGUUUGAACAUGAGAUGCAAGAAAGCAUAAAAAACCGCGUCGAGAUAAUAGACGUGGCGCCUGAUGUGUUCAAAGAAAUGAUGUGCUUCAUCUACACCGGCAAAGCACCUAAUCUGGACAAGAUGGCGGAUGACUUAUUGGCGGCUGCCGAUAAGUAUUUUCUGGAACGCCUGAAAGUGAUGUGUGAGGAAGCUCUCUGCAGCAACCUAUCUGUGGAGAACGCAGCAGAGAUCCUGAUCCUGGCUGAUUUACACAGCGCUGACCAGCUGAAGACCCAAGCUGUGGACUUUAUCAACUACCAUGCAUUUGACGUUAUGGAGACAGCUGGGUGGAAGUCUAUGGUUGUUUCCCAUCCACAUCUGGUAGCAGAAGCAUACCGCUCCCUGGCUUCAGCCCAGUGUCCUUUUCUGGGCCCUCCACGCAAACGUCUGAAGCAAUCCUAAGAAGUUCCUGCAGGACCUUCCAUCUUUCUCCUGAAGUUGAUCAUUAUUCUUCAUCCCACCGUAAGAGACAUCUGGUGGUCAUUGUAGAAGGAAUCGGAGAGUAAACGUACAGUUGGCGCUACCAUUACAUCGUGUGCU